UAUUAAAAAAAAACAAAUUUUUGCUUUUCUAGGAUUCUAAGACGGUCAAAGAUGGCAAAAUGGAAUGCCAUUGUAGUGAUAAUGAUGGUAGUGAUUGUUGUGAUGGCAGUAGAAGCAAAAUGGAGUAUAGAAGAAUUUAAACGCUGUUUUCGCAAUUGUUCAAAGUCGUGUCAUGAACAUGACGGUAAUUGUUUCGAACGUUGCAAAAUCAAAUGUGGUGGCCCAAACCCUCCUGGCCCUCUCCAUGGUUCCUCACGAAUCUCACAUGGGGUUGCAGCUGUGGAACUUCGUGGAAGGGAAGAAUGAUACAAAAUAAUUUUCGUAGUAGAUUUGUUGUUGAUCAUGUCUACCGUUUAUUUAAGUUAUGUUUAUGUUAAAAAAUUGAAUAAAAAAAAAGACAAUAUUGAUAAAACGAAGACACAGAAAACUUGUCUGUUUUUACAGGCUAUCUAAAGUCUCAAAGACUAAUAAUAACUUUUGUUAAAA